AAGAAGCAGCGUUCUUGCCACUAUAAAUAGACACUCAUACUCUAGCAUUGCCCAAUAAGCAGCUCAAGGCACAUCGAAGUAUAUUAGCUUCGCAACAACCAGACAGAGCAUUUACCGUGCAAGACCAAAAUACCUCCCUCCCCUUGCAACCAUGUCUAGGUCUGUGGAACCUCUUAUUGUGGGGCGGGUGAUUGGAGAAGUUCUUGAUACAUUUAACCCAUGUGUGAAGAUGGUAACGACCUAUAACUCCAACAAGCUUGUCUUCAAUGGCCAUGAGCUCUACCCAUCAGCGGUUGUAUCUAAACCACGAGUAGAGGUCCAAGGGGGUGACUUGCGAUCCUUGUUCACACUGGUUAUGACAGACCCUGAUGUGCCAGGGCCAAGUGAUCCAUAUCUAAGGGAGCACCUUCACUGGAUUGUUACUGAUAUACCUGGGACAACAGAUGCUUCUUUUGGACGGGAAGUCAUAAGCUAUGAGAGCCCAAAACCCAACAUAGGCAUCCACAGGUUCAUUUUUGUGCUCUUCAAGCAGAAGCGAAGGCAGACUGUAACUGUGCCUUCCUUCAGGGAUCAUUUCAACACCCGUCAGUUUGCUGCGGAGAAUGACCUCGGCCUCCCUGUGGCAGCUGUCUACUUCAACUGUCAGAGGGAGACUGCUGCCAGGAGGCGCUGAAAAUCCAGCUCUCGUUCUCCCAGUUAUGACAAAUAAAGGCCUAUGGAGUUCCAAUCUUCUUUUCGAAGUGGAUACUCGUCUGCUACAUUACUUGCUCGUGAACCAAUGCUUCCUUGCCACAUUACUUGCUCAUGGAUCUACAAAUAAAUCAAAUGCAUUUUGCAGAUUGUAUUAGAAUUAGAUUGUUUUGUAAGCAGUAAGAUUGAUAAUCAUGUUGACAAAUGCCAGUGCAGCAAGUGGUCCAUGUUUGUGGUUCCAAGUCGUGCAUUAGCCAGUUAUCACGAAAUCCAGGGUCAAGUAGACAAUCCUAACUGGCAAAAAGGCUUUAUCUACUGUAUGUCGCAUGCUGGUUCCAUGUUAUGUGCACCUUUUCGGCUUUUCUGACAAGCAAUCUCCUGUAACAGAACUUUGUUAGAUAUUGUUGUGUCACCUCAUAGAACAA